UUGGCAGCAGUUAGCUCAGGGCUAAUCUUCCUUAAAAAAAAAAAAGUAAAAAAAAAAUUCUAUUGAUUCAUACAAAUUAAUCACAGCAAUUCACAUUCUCUUAGAUCUUCUACUGUCAACUAUUAGUCUAUAAUAGAAACAAAUAGAGACAACUUUCACAAUAAUUUUCAAGGUUGAUACUCACUGAUUCACAUAAAGUAUAUGUCACACAUACUUUAAAAACAUAGACUCUGAAACUGGAUGACCUGAGUUCCAAUUCCAAAUUUGCCCCUUCCUGAAAGUGUGAUCUAGAGCAAAUUAAUUAACUUCAUCAUGCCUCAGUUUCCUGAAAAAUGGUCUGCCCCUAAAAUCUUUUCUGAUUCCAUCUCAUAUAGAAUCUAUUUCCCAACCUUUGCUCCCUAGCACUUAUAUGUGCUUAUAACUCUCUUACAGAACUUUUCUUACCCUACCUUGUAUUUUAAUCUUUCUUAUCUAAUCUAAUUCAUGCAAUUGAGUCUGCAAGUUCUUUGGAGACAGUGUUUGUGUUUUACUGGAGAGUAGAGCACUGAGCCUGGCACACAGAAGCACUAAUAUAUUUUUCUAUAUGAUUUAAAAGGGAUAAGGAAAAGCGAAAAAUAAACAUUAAUUGAGGGCCUACUAUGUACCUGGCACUUACAAUAAGUGCUUUCCCCAAAGGUUAUUUCAUUUAACCUUCACAACAUUUCUUCCAGAUAGGUAUUGCUGUCCACAUUUUAUGGUUAAGGAAAUUCAGGCUGAGAGAGGUUAAAUUCAGAAAAAAUAAUCUCUUCCCUCCAAGGAGUUUACAAUCUAGUAGGGGAGGUAUACUAUGUAUAUUAAAAACAACAAAUGCAACGCAGGUAGUAUGUAAUAAGUGGUUCAAAUGAGUUCAAAAGAAAGAAAAAUUACUUCUAGAGUGGAUUAUUUGAGAUUUUAUGGGUGAGACCACAGCUAAACCGGACCAGCAAGGACUGGAUACUGUCAAUAGAUGGAGAAAAUCAAAGAUCAUUCCAAAGGGCGUAUAGUCUCACUCCUGACAGACAGUUCCUCCUCUAGUCUUUUUUGGACAGGCUUAGAGACUACUCAUUCCCUAGAUGAACACUGAAAGACUAUAUUUAAAGUUUUACAAAAGAAGCAAAUGAAAACAUAAUAAAUAAUUGGCAAAAAUUUACAGCAAGGUUUGUAUUCAUAAUAUAAUAUAUAACAUUUAAUAAUAAUGGAUAAUAUUUAGUGAGUGCUUAUUAGGCACCAGGAGUCUUGUAUGAAGUGCUUCCCACAGAUUAUCUCAUUUAAACAUGCAUAAUUACUCCAAUAUCACAGAAGAGAAACUAGACCUAAAAAGAGCCAUACAAAGCUUACUAAGAAUCACGUGACUGUUAAGUGACCAAAGUAAGGGUCAGGUUUAGAUUCAUCUGACUUCAAAGCCAGCUCACAAUGCUAUGUGUACAACAAUUUCAAACUAAGGAACACUGGCAGAUUUGUAUCCAAUCCAAAAAAUAAAUUUUAAUUGAGGCGUAUUAAGUUUUCAAGUUACAUAAAGACUCAAAGCAUUCAAUGCCACUUGAAAACUGAAAUACACAAGUAGUCAUCACAGAAGGUAACCAAAACACCCCUUUUCCCCUAACCCAUAGCUGUCCCCAACCACUGUGUUUAUAUCACUCCCUUCAAAAGGAAGAACAGAAAUCCUGACUCACUGCCAAUCGUAUUCUAGUUCCUUUAUUGUUUUUUGUUUUGUUUUGCUUGUUUUUUAAACAGGCGUUUUUCAUGUGCUCUUUCCUGGUGCUUUUCAUUUCAGUUCCUCCUGGUUCUAAAAAGUAUUUUUCUGUAAACCAAUCCCAGGAUUGGAAAAUCUCUAAUACUAUUUGGUGAUGGUGAUGAUGAUGAUGAUGCUGGCCACUACAAUGACAAUGACAACUACACAAACAAUCUAAAAUAACUUCUCAAUUCAAUGAGUACUUAACACCUUAGCUGGCUUAGAAAGUAUGAUAAACAUUGCUACCUAAUAACCAAAUCUUUAGAAUGAGUAAGAUAAGGAAGCUCAUCAGGAUAUUUAAGCAAUUUAUUGUGUAACAUUCAUGCAAAUACUUUGGUUUAGAUUCAAAUUCCUCAUUUCAGCAGAUAUAAAUACUCUCCUUAUCUUUCCAAAAGGUUUAUUCUAACACGCAAAAAUGGUGCUCAGUUUGAAUGUUAUUCUGUUCCUAGCUUUGCAUGUCCUGACUAGAGUGAAAAGCUCAAUGGUAAAUUUGACUAACAACGGAUAUGAUGGCAUUGUCAUUGCAAUUAACCCCAGUGUACCAGAAGAUGAAAAACUCAUUCAAAACAUAAAGAAAAUGGUAACUGAAGCUUCAACUUACCUGUUUCACGCCACCAAAAGAAGAGUUUAUUUCAGGAACGUAAGCAUUUUAAUUCCAAUGACCUGGAAGUCAAAAUCUGAGUACUUAAUGCCAAAACAAGAAUCAUAUGAACAGGCAGAUGUCAUAGUUGCUAAUCCUUACCUAAAAUACGGAGAUGAUCCCUAUACACUUCAAUAUGGACAAUGUGGAGACAAAGGACAAUAUAUACAUUUUACUCCAAACUUCUUGUUGACUAAUAAUUUGCCUAUCUAUGGGUCCCGAGGCAGAGUAUUUGUCCAUGAGUGGGCCCAUCUCCGAUGGGGAGUAUUUGAUGAGUAUAAUGUGGACCGGCCAUUCUAUAUCUCCAGAAGGAACACUAUUGAAGCAACAAGAUGUUCAACUCAUAUUACUGGUAUUAACGUGGUUUUCAAGGAAUGCCAGGGAGUCAGCUGUAUAACAAGGCCAUGUAGACGUGACUCACAGACAGGGCUGUAUGAAGCAAAAUGUACAUUCAUCCCAGAAAAAUCCCAGAGCACAAGGGAAUCCAUAAUGUUUAUGCAAAGUCUCGAUUCUGUGACUGAAUUUUGUACAGCAAAAACACACAAUACAGAAGCUCCAAACCUACAAAACAAAAUGUGCAAUUACAGAAGCACAUGGGAUGUAAUCAUGGACUCUGAUGAUUUUCAGAAUGCAUCUCCCAUGCCAGGAACAAAUCUACCACCUCAUCCUACAUUUUCAUUGCUCAAGUCCAAACAGCGAGUAGUUUGUUUGGUACUUGAUAAAUCUGGAAGCAUGGAUUCAGACGACCGUCUCCUUCGAAUGAAUCAAGCAGCAGAAUUAUAUUUGAUUCAAAUUAUUGAAAAGGAAUCUUUGGUUGGGAUGGUCACAUUUGACAGCUCUGCUGAAAUCCAAAAUAAUCUAACAAAAAUAACUGAUGAUAAUGCUUACCAAAACAUCAUUGCAAAACUGCCUCAGUUUGCUGGUGGUGGAACUUCAAUUUGCAAUGGACUCAAAGCAGGAUUCCAGGCAAUUGUCUACAGUAACCAGAGUACUUCUGGUUCUGAAAUCAUAUUACUGACAGAUGGGGAAGAUAAUCAAAUGAGCUCAUGCUUUGAGGAGGCAAAAGCAAGUGGUGCGAUCAUCCAUAGCAUUGCUCUAGGCCCUUCUGCUGCCAAAGAACUGGAGACUCUGUCAAAUAUGACAGGAGGACUUCGUUUUUCUGCCAAUAAAGACAUAAACGGCCUUAUUGAUGCUUUCAGUAGAAUUUCAUCUAGAAGUGGCAGCAUCACUCAACAGGCUAUUCAGUUGGAAAGUAAAGCCUUUAAUAUUAGCAGGAGGAAAUGGGUAAAUGGUACAGUGCCUGUGGAUAGUACAAUUGGAAACGACACUUUCUUUGUUGUCACAUGGACAAUACAAAAGCCAGAAAUUCUUCUCCAAGAUCCAAAAGGAAAGAAAUAUAGAACCUCAGAUUUCAAAGAAGAUAAACUAAAUAUUCGGUCUGCCCGUCUUCAAAUACCAGGUAUUGCAGAGACAGGUACUUGGACUUACAGCCUACUAAAUAAUGCCAACUCUCAAAUGCUAACGGUGACAAUGACUACUCGAGCAAGAAGUCCUACCACACUCCCAGUAAUUGCAACUGCUCACAUGAGUCAAAAUACAGCACAUUACCCUAGCCCAAUGAUUGUUUAUGCACGAGUCAGUCAAGGGUUUUUGCCUGUUCUGGGAGUCAAUGUAACAGCCAUUAUAGAAAACGAAGAUGGACAUCAAGUAAUAUUGGAGCUCUGGGACAAUGGUGCAGGUGCUGAUACUGUCAAGAACGACGGCAUCUACUCGAGAUAUUUUACAGAUUACCAUGGAAAUGGUAGAUACAGUUUAAAAGUAUUUGCCCAGGCAAGGAAAAGCACAGCUAGACUAAGUUCAAGACAACAACAGAAUAAAGCUCUAUAUAUACCAGGCUAUGUUGAAAAUGGUAAAAUUAUACUGAACCCACCCAGACCUGAAAUCAAAGAUAACACGGCAGAAGCUGAAGUAGAAGACUUCAGCAGACUAACCUCUGGAGGGUCGUUUACUGUAACAGGAGCCCUGACGCCUGGAAAUCAGAAUCAUGUGUUCCCACCAGGCAAAAUUACAGACCUCCAGGCUAAGUUUAAAGAAGAUCAUAUUCAACUUUCAUGGACUGCCCCUGGCAAUGUCCUUGAUAAAGGAAAAGCCAACAGCUACAUUAUAAGAAUAAGCAAGUGUUUCCUGGAUCUCCAAGAAGAUUUUGACAAUGCUACUUUAGUGAAUACUUCUAGUCUGACACCUAAGGAAGCUGGCUCAAUUGAAAAUUUUGAAUUUAAACCAGAACCUUUUACAACAGAAAAUGGCACCAAAUUCUAUGUUGCAAUUCAAGCCAUCAAUGAAGCCAAUCUCACCUCAGAGGUUUCUAACAUUGCACAAGCAUCUAAGUUUAUCCCUCCACAAGAACCCAGCGCCCCUGGUCUGGGUACCAAGAUUUCUGCAAUCAGUUUGGUAAUUUUUGGAUUAGCUGUGAUUUUAUCUAUCCUUUAAACUAGGAAUUGUACUAGAACUAAAACUCAAUGUUAUGAGUAUUUGGUAAACAUUUAUUUAGAAUUUAAUUUGCUAUACGUGUCUAUUAUAAAACUCUUUGUAAUAUAAAACUGAAUGUACAAAAGGUGUAAAUUUCCUAAUUCCUUGAGUUCAUUAAUGCUAAUUAGAUGCUAAAUGUAAAUCAAAAUGAGUACAACAUUUCCUAUCUUUGAAAAACCCAUUUAUUAACUCAGUAUAAAAAGAAGAUGCAUAUUUGUACUUGUAGGCUUUUUAAGAAAUUUUUGGAGUGUGCUACAAAUUCACUUGGUAUAUUAACAAAAUCAAAAUUUAUCCAAGCCAUUUGAAAAAUAUUUACAUAUCCACAAUAGACAAUUCUAUGGUAGAAUUAUUUAAGUUUUAUUCUUGAUUAUGAAUGAAUACUUCAUGUUUACAUAAACUGUAAUCAAAAAGGACAAUAAAGAUAAUUUUCCAAUGAGAAA